AUGCUUUUGAUUAGCAAAAAUACUUUGCAACUCUCAGAAUAUAUACAAAGGGUUAGCCAGCUUCUUGAAAGAGAUGGUUACGAGAGGGUUAAAGUGAUUUUGACUAAGGAUUCCGCAGAUCAGCUUGAAAUCUUUGGCAAUGAAGAACCCUUGUCGAUAAGACAAAUUUGUAACUUAGAGAAGAUUGACGUUUUUCUCUUAGAUGAACCUAGUGACAUCUACAGGGUUGUCAAGCAGUUGUAUGAAGUGACAUUCGAAAUCUAUAAUGCUGAAAGUCCAACUUUGUUGGCAUUUCACAAUAUCUUGUCUGACCUCUUUGGUGAUACAGAUAAAGACAACCAAUCUAACAUUGAGUGGGUGCAAUGCAAAGAGGCCAAGGGGAAAGUUGUUAAUGAAAUUCUUUGCUUAUUGUAUAAUUUACAGUCGUAUAGCGAUACCAGUGUGGUUUGGAAUGAGAGUUUUAGAUUGCCUUCUGGAAUCGAAAGAACGUUUUCGAUAGAUAUCUGGAAUGUAAAUCUUUCGAAACCGAUGCAUGCGCUAAACAACAAUUAUGGAGAUAUAAAAUUAGGUGAUUACAUAUCCAGGUGGUUUAAAAUUGGUAAAAUAUAG